GACCGGGGCUCAACAAUACAACUUUGAGGGUCAUAAAGCACCCGUGUAUUCCAUAUGUCCACACCGAGAAAGAAAAUUAUAAGUUCAUCUUCUCAACAGCAACGGAUGGAAAAAUUAAGGCUUGGCUUUAUGACAAUUUGGGUUCAAGAGUUGACUUUGAUGCACCGGGUCACUCUUCUACCAUGAUGGCAUACGAUGCUGAUGGAACAAGGUUGUUCUCAUGUGGGACCAAUAAAGAAGGUGAGUCAUACUUGGUUGAAUGGAAUGAUAGGGAGGUGGCUGUCAAGCGUACGUAUCAUGGACUUGGAAAGAGACCUGGUGGGGUUGUGCAGUUUGAUACCACCAAAAACAGAUUUUUGGCUGCUGGUGAGGAGUUCAUGGUCAAAUUUUGGGAUAUGGACAAUGAAGAUAUCUUGACUAUUACCAAUGCUGAGGGUGGAUUGCCGGCUUCACCUUGUAUUAGAUUUAACAAGGAAGGAGUUCUGUUGGCGGUCUCAACAAGCGACGAUAGUAUCAAGGUUUUAGCAAAUGCUGACGGGAUUAGGCUGCUGAGGACACUGGAAAAUUCGGCAUCUUGAUAGAGUCACUCCUGGAAUCAGUUCCACUUGCAAAUCGGAUUUUCCUCCGUUUUCGAGAGGAGGUUCUUGACUAGGGAGUUUAGAAGGAAAUUUAAGCCCAUUUGGAAUAGCUGUACUUAAACUGUAAGUAUGCUGGAAUGUGAACUAUUGUAGGAGCUUUGGAAGUGUUAUAGCUGUGAAGUGUUUGCCAAACACCUUAUAGAAGGCGCAAUUUGUAUUUCC